AUGGAGUCGCAGGCACGAACUCUCAGAAGUUCUCGCGUCGCUCCAACUCGUCCGUCCUUCUCUUCUGUCGCUCCAGACCAACCCGUGAGAGACGGAGUCGUCUCUAAAUCGGCGAUUGCGUUGCUCCCUCGACCCGAUAACAAUCAGCUUCACAACUACAGCAGUCAACUACGUUUCCAACUACAAUGGAGGCCAGCAGCCAGACUCCAAUUACUCAUGUUUCGCAACACAAUCGGUUGUGUCAUUGCCGCAGUAUUGGCGAAUGGAUGUUUCUACUCGGGGAAUAUUUUCUCGUCCAAGUCUUCCGCACAGCAAUCUCGACAGGAAUUUCUCAUGGCCACGUUGGUUUGGACUGCAAUAGUACACGCUAUCAAGAUGACGGCAGCUUAUUUACCCUCGAUGAUGACCCAGCGCUUUCGUGAGCUUCCAGACUACAAACCCAGUCUGUAUUUUUGCUUGAAAAAGCUCAUCAAGGGUACAUUCCCGUACUUUCUCGUAUCAUUAAGUGGCAUGAUUGGCACUGGUCUGCUCGUCCAGAACACGUCAUUGAUGAACGCUCUUUUCCACUGGUAUCGCUAUAGCAGCAAGGACAAUCUACAGUAA